UGCUCCCGCCCACCCUCCCGUCCGGGCGGCUCUCCAGGGCGUCUGUAAACACACCCCGAGACUGUCAUGGAGGGGGAGGAGGAGGCGGCGGCGGCGAACGGAGGCGUUUUGGGCCGCCUCCAGGGUCCGCUCUGUCAUUCCUGAACUGGUCCCUCGUCCCCGUGACUGUGGCAUCAGGGAAGCGAACUGUUAGGCAAGAGGAGGAGACAGUCAGAACCAUAUCCCCUUCUUCCCCCGGGGCGGGGGCCGGGCCGGGCCAGGCCGGCUGAGCCGGGGGAGGGCAGGGGGAGGGAACGCCUGGCCAGGCCGGCCUGUCCGCCGAGAUGGAUGACAGUAAGGUGGUUGGGGGCAAAGUAAAGAAGCCCGGCAAGCGUGGUCGGAAGCCAGCCAAAAUUGACUUAAAGGCAAAACUCGAGAGGAGCCGGCAGAGUGCAAGAGAAUGUCGAGCUAGGAAAAAACUAAGAUAUCAGUAUUUGGAAGAGUUGGUAUCCAGUCGGGAAAGAGCCAUAUGUGCCCUCAGAGAGGAACUGGAAAUGUACAAGCAGUGGUGCAUGGCAAUGGACCAAGGAAAAAUCCCUUCCGAAAUCAAGGCCCUACUCACUGGAGAAGAGCAGAGCAAAUCUCAGCAGAACUCAAGCAGGCACACAAAAGCUGGGAAGACAGAUGCUAAUAGCAAUUCCUGGUGAAGAUGAUAUAAAAUGACGAGUUACUGAUUGAAGCCAAUAUUCUGAUUCCUAUGGAGGAUGAAUGGGCAAGAUUGUACUUCUUGGCUCCAUUUACUACCUACUGCUCAGUAGUCAUCUCUGUAAAUCUGCAAUUUCUACCAAAAUGUGUGAUCAUAGAUCCCAAAGGAUUUUGCUUUAACUUUCAACACUUAGAAAAUUUAUAAACAUUCAGACCUGUUCUGGUUGGCCUUGCCACCCAUGGCAUUGAACAUGUUGCAAUGCUUGAAAACACAGGAGUAGAGAGAAGUGGGUGAAGAUUGUAUUUUUGCACCUUAACUCCACAUUGCUUUAUUGGUUAAUUUAUAUUCUUUCCAUGUAUUUCAUGUCAUUGUAUGUGUAUGUGUGUUUAGGUGUCACCUUCUUUUAUGUUUUUGAUUGCCCUACAAAGAGAAACCAAGUGGGCUGAUUAAUAAGUUCUCAGCCUUAAUGGACCUAAUCUUAUUUGUUUAUAUUUACUUGAGUAAUGUUUAUUUUCUGCAUGAACCAUGAUUUCUCCUGUGAGCCAUUCCAGCAUAAGCUGUGAAUAUGUAUUAACAAAUAUAUACAUUUCUAUUUUUAUAAUCCAUAAUGAUAUGCCUGUUUUAAAUAAUGUACAUGUUAACAAAAUCCAUCAGGAAAGCCCUCAAGACAGCCUCUAUUUAAAACUUUCGUUGCUGUCUUCUCAAACUAUAUUUAUAAAAGUUUGCUAGGGCCUAAUCCAUACUUGGAGAAUAAUUAGUCAAAUUUUAUUUUUAAGCAGGAAGUAACCUUCUAGGCAUUUCAGCAGCACACGUCAUCUUGACAACCUAGAGUAUGUAUGUAUGUAUGUACGUACGUACGUACGUGUGUAUGUAUGUAUGUAUGUGUUUCUUUCGUAUGUCUGUAUAUGUAUGUGGGGAGGUAGGAGUGAAUGUUCACACACAUUGCCUUGUGUAUUCAACUAACUUGGAGAAUUUUUCUAAAGAAAAUAGGAUGAAAUUAGCUGCUGAGAUCGAGUUUCUGCCUCAAGAGAUCUGGAACAAAACGAGGGAGAAAUUGCUAGUAGAUUUAAUGGCUGUAGGCAUAACCAGAACACUUAGUUUCUUCCCUGACAUGAGUUUCCUUAGGAAUGUGUUCUGAGCCAGGAAGAAAUACACUGUGGGUGUGCAUCUGGUUCAGCCCUAACAGCGCCUCCGCUCUGGAGCGAAGCACUGAGCUGGAGUUGUGCACAGCACGUGGCUGGCAGGCCUGGCAGGAGGUGCACAGGGCCAGAGUGGUUCUUUCCAGUUCCCAUCACAGUUAUAUUUACUUUCUUUCUGACUGUCAAACAGAGUGAUGGUUGAGGAAUCAAGCUCAUUAUACUAUAUAUGCAGAUAGACUAGGAAUCUUUCAGUUUCCCCACUGAGACACUUUAUUACUCUCUCUUCUCUUUCCCAUAGGUAAAUCAGGAAUUGUGUUCUCUGUUGCUGCUAAGUUAUAAUUGUUCUUAGCUCUAAUGAAGCAAAUAUUUGGCUUCUAAACAGUAUGUUUUGUUAUGAAAUGGCAGUUUACGAGGAGGCUUCAUAGUCUAGAUUGUGAGGUGAAACAAGAGAUGGACCACAUAGUUCCAGAUUACAAGGUACUCUCCCCCCCUUCUCUUAGGCCGUACCUUUGAAUAAAAUGCUUCCCCUUAGCCUGAGUUCCUGAAGAUCUCUUGUGUGUAGGUUGCAAACUCAGAUCUCGUCUAGUCCUGUGUGACUACUGAUAUACCACUAGCCCAGCCUGUUGGGUCUCUCUAUGUUUUGGAGGACUGGGGGUCUAAGAGUAUUUAAUGUCUUUUUAGGAUCACAAAUAUAGAUAGAUUAAAGAUUGUUAAUAUUCAGACCUUCAGAAUUUAAGUGUUUGAAAUACAGUGUUCAGACUGUAAUGGGUAUGUUUUUGCCAUCUGGUCUACUCAAAUGUAUAUUUUUAUUUUGCAAAACAACCCAAGAUUUACUCUGUGUUGCUUUGUUCAGUACCUUUUGAAUUCCCCAGAAGAGUUGUUUUCAAAGCAAACAUUCCAAAAUGAAUGUGGCUCUUCAAUGGAAUGUCUCCAUUGUGCUUGAAGUAUUUCUUCUCUGGUUGUAACUUUAAAUUACAGGGUCAUUUGAGCUACCCUCCACCCUCAUCCCUAGUAUCUUUACAAGAGCAGCGACUUUGUCCUCAGGUAGAGGAUGUGUAAUUUUGGAUGAAAGUAAAUUACAACUUACUGAGUUUAUUCCUAAACCGAUCUUUUUGCUAUUUUAAAGUAGAUCAUACCAAGAGAAAGUUCCUGGGUCUUAAAAAGGAAUGUUUUCAUUGCUUCGGGUAUUGUGCUGGCUGCACGUUUGGCCACUUGAAGCAUGUUAAUAAAUGUCACUGAGUAAAACAGCUGGAGCAUUUCUUUUCCCAUUCCAGUUCAGCAGCAGCAUACUGAAAUCCUAGCAUCUCUCGCUUUCUGUAAUGACAACACCCAGCAGAGGGUGAGAGAAUCAUUGAGCUCUGUCCCUCCGGAUCAGUGCUGUUCUCUUUGCUCCCUGAGUAAAGAGAGUAAUGUUUCCUUUUCCUUUUUUUUUUUUUUCUUCCCCCAAAGAAAGGAAGGUAAGGGGAAAAUAUAUAUUUGUGUAUUUAGACCAGUUAUAUUCUGUCAUUAACUUAGCACAGACCUGCCAUGUAUUAGAACAACUGAAUAUAAUAUGGCAUAAGUUUGACCAGGUCAAGUUUUAGGAUAUAGUUGACAUUAUUAAAAUUUUUUUCCUAUUUUAUCUAAAACCUGUCUGUUGUAUCUAAAUUAGAAUCUGUCUUACUGCAGCAAAUUCAUAUCACUGUGUACCAGCUAAUUGACAGUAUUUAUCAGCAUCACCAUUUAGCAUUUUAUUUCAUCAUCUUUGAAUUAUGAUAGACUUGAUUUGGCUCAUUACAAAAAGCAUAGGUUUAAACUGGACUUAGCUUUAGUUAAAGGCAAAGAAAAUUAAAAAACAUAAAUAACUAUAUUUCACAAGAAAUCGGUUGCAUAUUAUCAAUUACAUAUUUAGUUUUAAAAGAGAGGAAGAUUAUUAAUCCACGUGGUAUUUGGGGGCAUUGAGGGAAUUUUUCUUUCUCUGAAGAGCAUUGUACAAUUAUAUUUUUAUGAAAAAUAAAAUAUCUUCACCAGAGACAUCU